AUCUUAAUCCAAGCAUGUGUAGUCCCCAGCAAUUGCGCAUCCGAAUUAGACACCAUCCUAGGCAAUUGCGGAAUUCUUGCGCCCGCCGCCGAUGAUGAAACCGUUCGCCUUGAUUGGACACCCAUUCCCUCGCAAUUAGUCUUCCAUUCACCGGCUGGAAGCGGUUCACUGAUUUGUUUAAUGGCGCUGCGGUGUAUAUAUAGAUGCAUGCCCAUCGCCUGAUCGGAUAGGCGGACCCGUGCCAAGUCAGGCGACCCGUCGCUUCCUAUUUGUUUGCGCCUCAAUUUGCGGCAAUUGAAGAUGAGCGAUGAAUCCGAGCCUGAGACAGCAACCGCCACCAAGUCGUGUGCCUCACCAGCCUCCGGACUCAAUUGUAUUGAUUCGCCACCAGUUGCCGCCAAUUUAUUCUGAUCGUCGCUAGUGCGCAUUUAGCGCACAUCUCUCCCUCAGAGACUCAGACUCGAUCCUCGACAGAGCAGGCCUAGAGUUCUAUUCCGGCACCGUCUCAAUUUAUAUAAUCAGUCGUCCGGAUGAAAGCCCCUCGAGCGGACCACUUGUGUUGUACUUAGAGCCGUGUAUAUAUUUUUGUAAGAAAUGGACAAAAUGCCAGAGGAGGACGAGGUAUCCCCUGUUUCGACGGCUCCUAGCACGCCCACAUCUCCGCUCGAGUUCAAGAUGCUGCCGCUUUUUAUGGAUUUUGAGGAAUUUAAUAUUUGCCAGCCAGCUCCUUUUUCGUACGAUGACAAGGCUAUGUUGGAGUUGGAGAGGUGUGACUACACGCAGAGGAUCACCUAUCAGAUGGCCAGGGCUGGGAAAACUACUCGUAGGGUGCGGGUGUAUUCCGAUGGCAUCUACGAUCUGUUCCACCAGGGUCACGCCCGCCAGCUGAUGCAGGCCAAGAACAUAUUUCCCAACGUAUACCUUAUAGUGGGCGUGUGCAAUGACGAACUGACCCUCAGGAUGAAGGGACGCACCGUGAUGAACGGAUUCGAGCGGUACGAAGCGGUGCGCCACUGUCGUUAUGUGGAUGAGAUAGUCCCAAAUGCUCCCUGGUCGUUGAAUGAAGAAUUUCUGAAUGAGCACAAAAUAGAUUUUGUGGCGCACGACGACAUUCCCUAUGGAGCUGGUGGAGUCAAUGACAUAUAUGCUCCUCUCAAGGCGCGGGGCAUGUUUGUGGUAACGGAGCGCACGGAGGGCGUGUCCACCUCAGACAUUGUGGCCAGGAUCGUCAAGGAUUACGAUGUAUAUGUGCGCAGAAACUUGGCAAGAGGUUACUCCGCCAAGGAGCUCAACGUGUCCUUCCUGUCCGAGAAGAAAUUUCGGCUGCAGAACAAGAUGGAUGAGUUGAAGACUCGGGGAAAGCGCGAGCUCACAAAAGUGAAGGUGGACAUCAUUACCAAAUGGGAGGAGAAGUCGCGCGAGUUUAUCGAUGCUUUCCUGCUGCUUUUCGGCAGGGAGCGGCUCAACAACUUGUGGAACGAGUCCAAGGGUAGGAUCAUACAGGCCCUCAGUCCGCCGGGCAGUCCAAAUGGCUCCAUCAACGGUGACGAUCCAGAUGCAAUAGAAGGCGGGGAGUCCGAGGACGAGUACAUGGAGCUGCCGCCAGAAUACGCGGCAGGUAAUGUGGUUUCCGGAAAACAAAGGACCACCCAGAACCGCCGUGGGCAGGUAAACCCUUCUCUGAACGCCUUCGACGAGGUGGAAGCAGAAGAUGAGGAUCUGCCGUAUACACGACGCAGCGAUUGACGACGUAUUUGGCUUGCCUUUAACCUUUCCUCCUUCUAUCCCUUCUAAUGUAAAUUAAUUUGUUUUUAAUUCGUUGAAACAGCGCAAUAAUGGCACUUAA